AUGCUGCUGGGAGAGGAUAAAUGUUUUCACGAGCGCCUCAAGGACUUAGAGCCGGAGAAGAGCUACGCCCCGCAGCAGAAAUCCGAAGUGGUGGAGAUCUGCGCCCAGAGCGCCGCGGGCUGUGGGGCCUGGAGCCGCGUGAGCUCGGCGCCCAUCCGCACGGCCAUCGUGGCGCGGGAGCCCAACGCCCCGGAGCUGGUCUACGCCACCUCCCGCGCCCUCACCUUCGCCUUUGCCGGGGGGGAGGACGAUCGGAUCAACGCGUAUGAAGUCAGGCGUCAAACAGGUGCCUGGCGUCAGGCGUCGAAGCCCUUGCGCUUCGACCGCCAGUCUCUGGCGGUCAGAGUGACCUCGGAGAACCGCUGGGUGGUCACAGUGGAUCAGCUGCAGCCGGAAACUACCUACACCCUGCAGCUGAGGGGCGUGACGGCUGCCGGCAGUGUGACGAAGUGGUCCGCGAGAUCCGAGCCCAUGGCAACCGUCAAGGAGGAAAUUGGGCACGAGGUGGAUCUGUGCGUGGGCGUCAACGAGGAGUCCCCGGCAGUGCCGCCGCCCGCUGCCAUGCCAGAGGUGGGCUCGGAGUCGGUGGAGGACUUCUCCAGAAAGUUGGAGUCCGUUCUGUCCUUCACCAUCCAGCAGGCCACGGGUGGCGUUCGCCUGCCCUCACUUCACAUCCCCUCGGUGGCGGAGCAGGCGAAAGAACUGCUGGAGAUGCACCGCACCCGUGAAGCCGCAGUGCUGCAAGCGGCUCGCAUCGAGGACGACGCCUCUUGGCAGACCAAGCUGCCGGACUUCUUGAUCCAGCAGGUGCCAGUGGUGGGCUGUCCGACGAUCUUGCUGCGGGAGCUGUGGCGCAACAUCCGGCGCUGCGCGCUGGUGGCGCACUUGUACGGCCACGACACGCGGAGCCCCGACACGCAGGCGCUGAUCCUCACGUGUCUGGUGCCGGCGGGGAACAGCAGCCCAGCCGUGCCAGUGGUGCCGGCCAGUGGCAGCGCAAGCUCCCAGCAAGGCUAUGCGGCACCUGCCGCGAACCCCGGGACGUUGGCAUUGGAGGACAGCGCCAACAAAGCCCGCGUGGCGCUCUUGGUCUCGCGGGCCUUGGCAAAGGAGGCCUUGGUUAGAGCUACCGGGCUUCGACUAGCAGGGCAGGUGGUUGGUCUCCUGGAGGUGGCCGGCGGGCUGCUGCAGAGCCGCGAAUCCAAGGAGGCAGCAACAGAGGCUACGACGCUAAGCACGCUCUCAGAUGAUGCCCUUGCUGACACCACGUCGCCUGUGGGGGUAGCCCUCGUCGUCUUCAAGCCACUCUCCUUUGACGAGCAUUGGAUCGUGGUGCUGGGCUUGUUGGUUUUAUGGCUGCUGCCGAUCUUUGUGUCGGCGGCCCGUUUCUUCGUCAUCAAGAUCUAUCCCUUGAUGGCGCAGCGGGUGGAACUUCCCAUGGCCGCACUGCUGGGGAUGACGGUCAUCAUCCAGGUCUUCGGCAAGGUGAUGAUCACUUGGGUCCAGCAAAACCUGGAGAACAACGUGAGCAUCCCCGCGACGGUAGUUUUCGCCUUUUACACCCUGAUCCCGGGCAUCUCGAUCUACCUGGCCACGCGAAGUGUGUUGCAAGGUGCGCUCGAGGCGCCCUUCUUCAUGCUCCUGGGGCUCUUCAACCUUGCCAGUGGCUACUUGCGCUGGUCCAGCGACUUGAGCGAUGACGCCGCCCUCGAGGAGCGUCCCGUCCCUCGCGUGGCUUGCUGUCGCGAACAGGUGUUGCGAUGGCGACAUUGGCUGUGGGUGGGGCUCCUCAUUGACUUUGUCUUGGAGGAGAUCGCAGGGCGCGUCUUUGGGCUGCACGCGCUGCGGCUGCUUGGGCCGCCUCUCACCAGCUUCGGAGCCACGCUUGUGGAGUACCGCACCCUCGCCUUUGCUGCUGGCCUUGUAGCAGCCUGGGCUCAGGCGAGGGCGCUUGAGCUGUUACAGAGAAGGUCCGUGCUGCUGCAGCUGCUGGGUGCCAGGAAGGCGUUUAAUGUCGGCAUCACGCUGCUGUUGAUCGGCGGAUAUGCGGUGGUGCAGCAGUCGCGGACCAUGGCCUUCCUGCGCGAAGUGUCCCCCACGCCAUGGUGGUGUUGCAUGGUCCUGUGGUUGCGACAGUUCGGCGCUGUGGUCGGCCUGCUGGCACCCACGGUGCUCUACACCCUUCAGCAACCGCAGUCCUUCGGGCGAUUGCCUAUGGAAUCGCUGGUGCCGGUGUCCGUGGCAGUGGGCUGUGGUUUAGGCUAUGUGUUCUGCCAAUCUUUUACGGCGCUAUGGCAAGAGAAGCGUGAACACCUGGAGUCUGACUAUCGGGUCAUUUUCCUUUUCCCCCACAUGAGCUCCCAGGCGCGACAAAAGGCCUCCAUGGCCAUGCGCGUGGCGCUGAAGCGGGGCGCCGAGGCCGGGCCGAGCCGGGGAAAG